CGAUCAUGGAAGGGACAAACAAAAAACCACCAAUCCAAAUGCAGGAUCUGGUUCUGGUAUAUAAGGGCCGUUUCUAGAACCUCAGUAUAUUCUAAAGUAGUAAGUCACUAUGUUCAAGUUGUUCGUUCUCGCCGCCAUUUUGGCAUUUGCUGCUGCAAUUCCAGCUCCAGCACCAAAGCCGGAUCCAGGAUUUUUGGCUCAACCCUUAUUGUAUAACGCUUACAAUCCAUACAGUCCAUAUGUUGGAAUUGGUCCAUUGCCGUAUUCUUAUCAACCAUUGAUUACAUCUUAUUCCGGUGUGGCUCCAAUUUAUAAACAACCAACUUAUAUUUUAUAAAUAUAAACAAAAAAAAAAAAAAGAAAAAUGAUAUUAACACGCAUCUCACUCAUCACGAUUUGUCAUCGCAUUCAUUUUUUUUUUAAAUUAUCAUAGUCCAUUUUUUUUUCUCAUUGUAUCACCUUCAAUUCGUUUAUCUGUAAAAAAAAUCCCUGAAACUGCUCAACAAUAAAAUUGCUUAGAAGCUCAAAAAA